UUGUGCUCGCCACACGCAUUCCCCCCACUCUCUCUCCCUUCCUCUCUCUCUCUCUCUCUCUCUUGAGGUAGAAAAUGAAGAUGAUCAUGAAGAUGGAGAAAUCAUCAUGGGCAGUUCUACUCUUAAUCAUGGUAAGCUGUAGCAUAUCUAUGGCACAACCUAGCCCAGUUACAGAAGCAACUCUGCAUGAAAUUGCUGCUUCUCUUCAAAUGUACGUUGAUGAACUUCCAGAGAUGCCUAAGCUCUUUGGUUACACCACCAACAAAUAUGGAUCUCCCAACCCAGCCAAACUCACUAUUGGCAUGUAUCAGAUCAAAUGGAAAUUUCACCGCGAUUUCCCAGCCACAACUGUAUUUGCUUACGGAACAUCGGCUGCAACCGCCACUGUACCUGGCCCCACUAUAGAGGCAAUUAAAGGAGUACCUACAUCUGUGACGUGGCAAAAUUUUCUCCCUCAAUCUCACAUACUCCCGUGGGAUCCAACGGUCCCAACAGCCAUCCCUAAGCACGGAGGUGUCCCCACUGUUGUUCAUCUCCACGGUGGGGUCCAUCCACCAACAUCGGACGGUCAUGCUUUAGCUUGGUUCACAGCAGGAUUUCGUGAGACUGGGCCUACAUGGUCUCAACGAACGUAUACUUACCCUAACGUGCAACACUCUGGUAAUCUCUGGUACCAUGAUCAUGCAGUUGGUCUGACACGUGUCAAUCUCCUAGCUGGUUUGAUUGCAGCCUAUGUAAUUCGCGAUCCAUAUCUCGACGCAAAAUUAAAACUCCCAAUGGGCCCAGAGUUUGAUCGUCAUUUAAUGAUCGUCGACCGAAGCUUUUACAAAGAUGGUUCGUUGUACAUGAAUUACACUGGAAUCAAUCCCACAAUACACCCGCAAUGGCAACCGGAAUACUUCGGUGACGCUGUUAUUGUCAACGGUAAAGCUUGGCCUUAUCUUGAGGUCAAACGAAGAAAAUACAGAUUCCGCAUAAUCAACGCCGCCAAUGCAAGAUACUUCCGUUUUUCCUUAUCCAACGGCUUAUCUUUUAUCCAAGUAGGAUCAGAUGCAUCAUACCUACCUUAUCCAAUCUCUACACCCACCAUACUCCUAGCUCCUUCGGAGAUUGCUGACGUCAUCAUUGAUUUCUCGAAAGCAUCUGCCAAAGAAUCCGUUUUGACCAAUGAUGCUCCAUACCCGUACCCGACUGGUAAUUCGGUUGACGAGCUGAACAGUAAGAUCAUGAAGUUCAUCAUUAACCCUAAAUCACCGACACCGCCUGAUACAUCACGAGUCCCACCAAAUUUGGUUGAAUAUCAGACGGCAUCAACAGCAGGAGCAGCAGUUACAAGGUACAUUGUGAUGUACGAGUACCAAAGUCAAACCGGAGCUCCAACCCAUUUAUACAUAAAUGGGAAAAGAUUUGAAGAUCCGGUAACGGAGACGCCAAAAUCCGGCAGCACAGAAGUAUGGGAAGUGAUAAACCUGACCGGCGAUAAUCACCCAUUACACGUCCAUCUCGGUACAAUUCAAGCACUUAAAGCGCAGGAGCUGGUGGAUUUAUCUACAUUCAGUGCGUGCAUGAGUGUUAAGAACGAUGCAAUUGCAUGCAACGUGAGUAAGCACGCAACUGGGAAGGUGAUUAAUACGCCGGAAAACGAGAAGACUUGGAAGAACACGGUGAAGAUUGAACCUGGGUACCAGACGACGGUGGUGGUUAAGUUUAAUUUGGUUGAGAAUAACAAAGCAAAGGCGUAUCCUUUUGACGCAAGUGCAGAACCAGGUUAUGUGUAUCACUGCCAUAUUUUGGAUCAUGAAGAUAAUGCUAUGAUACGUCCACUGAAGCUUCUUCCUUGAAAAAUACACAUAUAUAUAUGAAUUAUAUAUGUGGAAAUGUAAAUUUAUACUAUAUAUCGAGUCAUUUCUUUAUGUGCUGUUGUUUUUUUUUUUUUCGCAUGUUUUGUUUUGUGGGGCUUUAAGUUUCCGUUUCCAUGUUAUUUUGCCCAUUUUUCUUGUUGUAAUUAAGGAAUAAAUUCAAAUUUACCAAAUGUUAACCUA